AUUCUUGUUUCUUGUGUUGUUUCUCCCCGCACCCCGGUUCAGUUGAGAGUUAGGACUUACAUCAAACUUCUAAAACUAUUAGAAUUCAUAACUAAUAAAUGACUAAUUUGUUACUUGUGCAUAAGUAAUUAGUCUGAUACAUGUUUGUUUCAUUAAUGAAUGAUAAUAUAGAAUGGCGGAUGCUUGCAGAAUAGGAAAUGUAGAAAGCCAAGUACCGAGCAAUCAAGAUGAGAACUUUUGUGUAUUUAAUGUUUUGUGUGUGUUUAUAUCGCUUGUAACAAUACUCGCUGAUCUGACUACAGAUAUCAUAGUUUUUGCGGAAUAUUGCAAGGAUGGCCAUUUAUUUUGGGCACUGGGCACUAUUAUAUUCAUACUAACGCCAAACAUACUUAUUAAUAUAUUUUCCAUGAGGUGGUAUGUUCUUGAUAAAAAAAAUGGGAUAAGCCAAUGGAUCACUCACAUCUGCCUCGUUGGUAUUCUUGAAAGGUACAUAUUAUUUUUACGAAAAGUAUUUGUGUGUAAAAAUUUGGAAACUAUCAAAGCUCAUAAGAUUAUAUCACAAAGAAAUGAUCUGAGUUUACUUCAUUUUCUUUACAUCUUUACUGGCACAGUGCCACAAAUUAUUUUGCAAACAUAUGCCAUAAUAGUAUUGGAUGAAAAUUAUUAUACAAAGUUAUUUGCUCUGACUGCGUCAGUUGCCUCAGUUGUGUGGGGAUGCUCAACAUACAUAUACAGCAUAACAAUAUUUUGUACUGAGAAUUUUAAGUGGUACUCAUUACUCCUGAAGUUGCUUUGGCAUUUUGGAAUGUUAAUUAGCAGAAUUAUGGGUAUCCUGUUGUUCACAGUCAUAUUUGGAAUAUGGACAUUAUUACCACUAGGUCUACACUGGUGCGCAAUGACACUAUGGAUCAUAACACAAAAGACAACAUUCUGUCCCAAUAAGCUAGAAGAAACUCUGUACAAUGGUGUAAUGGGAUUUGUUUAUUGCUUCUGCUAUAUCAAUAUAAGGGAAGGACACACCCGCUAUCGCCUUCUCUUAUUCUACACAUUGAUAAUAUCACAGAACUUUGGAAGUCUGUUCUUAUACAUUCUUAUAGCAGAUAAUGAAAGGCAGAAGAAAGCAUGGUCCAUUGCAAGUAUAGUUUGUAUUAUAUUCGGAACAAUUAUUGGUAUUAGCUCUAUGAUCUCUUACUACAGAUUUUUCCACUGGAAAGGGCCAAUAUUUUGGAAAAAUCCUCAAAAUGAUAUUGAAUUAAAUAACAAAGCUGUGAUACAAAGUCCUAAUAGUGAUAAAAGUAAAGACAAUAAUAGUUUAAAUCAUGUAAGAUCUUUCAAAAGUUCAAACAAAAGUAUUGCAAGUGUUGCUAAUGUGAGCCAAGAUGUAACCCCAGAUCCAGUACAGAAAAGUGAAAACCCUGACAAAAAAUUCUUACUGGAUCAUUGGAUAGCUAGAUCUGGGUCGCCUACCUUCACUUCAGCCCCUGUUGGUAACACAAGUAUGGAUAUUUCUAGUAUAGAGGUGUAUACAGUAGAAAAUACGCCACAAACAGUCAUCUUGCAGGAUGAGGGUCAAAAGAGGACACAUUCCAAAAACUAUAAAAAGAGAAUAGUUUGCUCACCGACUGAGCUAACGUUAAAAUUAUCAUCAGUUGAUAGCUUAGAAAGUUCUAUAGACGAAAUAACUUCUAGCAAUUUAAAUUUACAUAAAAGACGCGGUAUUUGUUCUUCACAUGAUCUAAGUGAUGGUUUAACAAAUUUAAACUUGGAUGUGUGCAAUAUUGUUAAUGAAGAUUUCAUGAAAAUAGUAAAAAAUGACCAUGGCUCUGAGAUAAGUCAUGAUACUGAUGGUUCAAAUAAAAAAACUUCCUCUGACUCAAUAGACAUGGAUUUAGAUUUAAGCUUUAGUGAUAUAAACAGUUCAGACAUAAAUACAUUUAAUGAAAACAUUGUACAGAAAUUAUGCUUAAGUGCUCUUAAAAAUAUAAAAGUAGGUAACCAAGAUGCUGAUAUUGAAAAUAUUCAAAGGAUAGCUUUAGACAUUUUAAAAGAAAUGUACGCGAAAAAGGGGAAAAAUAAAAACGGUGUGAAUGCAGAUCUGUUACUAUCAAAACAACGCGAUUUAGAUACACCAACAGAAAUCUUAUCAGUUCAUGAUUAUGAGAAUAUUUGUGCAGUAAAUAUAGCAAGAGAAGCAUGGGGUUUAAGGUCUUGGAAUGGAUAUUGUGAUAUCGAAAAUUGGCUUCAUGAUGGCAGUGUAGUCAGAGAUAGAAGACGAGACACAUUAACAUCAGCUAGUUCAGAAAUUAGCAGUUGUUUAUCUCAAGAACUGAAAAAUGCAAUAUUAGCUGCUCCUCCCUUUCCUAAAAAAGCACACACGUAUUCAAAUGUAUUUGUGAAAUUCGAUAAAACCAAUCAAGAAGAUUAUGCAAACACACUGAUUUGUCAAGAUGACACGUUUUUAGCCAAACCAUGUAUGAUAGAUGUUGGGAAAGAUUCCAUUCAUUUAGAACCGAUCAUGGAAGAACUAGAUGACUUGGGUGACAUAGAUCCAUCUAGUAAAAAACGAUUGAAUUCCGAAAGUUCUUUAGUUGCUACAAUAGAUGAAAUUCGUAAAGCGACUGUUUCUAACUCUCCUAGAAAUUUGUAUCACAGAAGAGAUCAUAUGUGGGACUCGCCCCAAAUAAAAACAUCCCCGAAAAUUGAUUCAACUCUGACAAAAGCUCUCUGGAAAGAACCAUCUAAGUUUGACUCUAGCAACAUAAUGAAUUCAUUACCGGAAAAAGAACAUAGCAAAAACGUUACGCAUCAAGCCAAAUUUGAUUUGAGUAAAAUGGAUCUUAAUGUUACAGAUUUGUUGCCCCCAGAUUUCAAUCACAGUGAUAAUAGUUUAACUCACAAUAAAAACAUGAGACGUCGCCAGAAAUUAAAUAGUAAUCAUAUGAGAACCCAAAGUAAAAAUGUGAAUGUGAAACCAGAGGAGAAUAUUCAUGAUCUGUCUAAUAAGGAUAUUGAUUUUUUGUGGCACUUGGUUUCAGAAAACACGACCCCAUUUGCAUCGGUGGGAGAAUGUACUUCAAAUCCUAUGUCUUCCUCUUUACAAUCUCUUAUUCAAAAAGAUAUUUCAGAACCGCACGUUAACGCAGCAAGUAAAUUAUCUAAUAUUAAGAAGCAAGUCAGAACUAGACCGAGGCGAAAAUUUUCUAUUCUAAGAGAAAGAUUUGAACCUAAAACUAACUUAAAUUCUGAUGAAGAAAUACUCUGUCAUUCUUCGGAGAGUACAUCGCAGCCGAUCGAUUCUAAUAUCGUUAGUUUAAAAAAUCAUCUGAACACACACGAAUCUCAUAUUGCUCAUCAACAAAAUCUGAAAUCUCUAACCCAUGAAAAUGUUUCCAUGGCAGCUUUACAAGACUGUAGUAUAUCAAGAAAUGUGAAAGAGAAAAGGUCUUUAUUCAUGAAACAAGUUUUAAGUCCGCCAAAAUUUAAUACCAAGUUAAAACACAAAAUAUGAAUGUGAUUUAUCCAUUGCAUAAGACUCAAUAGUUUUGUAGUAAUAAUGAAUUAUUUAGAUUGAAGUCAUAGCGAUAUAUGGAUCUCAGUAUGAGGGUAGUCAUUUCUUAUCCAAUAGAAGACUGCAUCGUAAUCGACUUACUGUCAUUAUAAGGGUGAGCCUGACGGACAAAACGAUAAAGUUGAGUUUCAAUUGACAUCGUAAUUAGUUUAUACGCCAAUAUGUCUUGCCGUCCGUCUGCGCGGUUACCAUAUGAAGUAAAAAUUCUAUCUUUAUCUUUAAAACUACAGUUCACUUACCAUUAGAUUAGAUAGUGCUGUAGUUAAUUACGAACCCAAUAAAGAAUACGGAAGUUAACUAAUGAAACAAGUGAUAUUAUUAUUACAAUGUUGCAUGAAUUUUAAUAAUUUGGUGUUAAAUUACGACUUACCUAAAAUGGUAGUCUAAGUCUUCCUACUAGUGUAUCUAGUUAUUAUAAGAGACUGCGAUUGUGAUUUUUGUGCCUUAUGUUUAAGCUAUUUUUUAUACAACCAUUAAAUAUUUUAAUCCUAAAA